AUGUCGAUUGAUCCAUCGAAACUGCCACCCGCGCAAUACGUGCCUGGCAGACAGUACGCCAUCGAACACGCUGGUAGAAUCGACAAGGUGCCAUUCGUGGUCUCAACUGGACUCCUCUUUGGACUUGCCAUUCUUUCUGUAUUCGUGCGCUUCGCGAUUCGCAUCUUUGGAGGCCGAAAAAUACGAUGGGACGAUGGACUCGUCUUGGUGUCGUCGCUGUGCUUAACAGUAGCGUUCGCCUGUGUCCACAAGGCUCUUAAUCCUUUCUAUCUCGUCGAAGCCAUAAACCAAAGGAAGACAAUCCCGUUCCGAGAGGACAUUCCUGCGAUAUUGGACAUCCCCAAGUGGGCGUUCAUAUUCUCCAUCUUCGGAUGGAAUUCCAUAUAUCUAGUCAAAUUUGCUUUCAUGUACUUCUUCCAUGGCCUGACCCUUGGACUGUCGGUCAGAUUCGUACGAUUUUUCUGGAUCACCGCAGGCUUUCUUGUCAUUGCUUGGAUCUAUGCCGUAGUCAACUUUGUCGUCAUAUGUGCACACUUUGGUGCAGACGCAGCUAAAUGCGGCGAUUCCCAGAUGCAUAAGAGAAGUGUCGCGGGUAAUGUCAUCGUUGGCGUCCUUGACAUCAUAGGCGAUAUUCUCACGAUUUGGGCACCGUCUCCUGUCGGUGCUAAGGCUUUCCAGAUCCUCAAGAAGCAGCGGGCGGAGUCCCCAGCGAAGCGAAGCGCUCCAUGGCAAGCGCGAGGAUCCAAGGGCGCCGAGGAUCGCUACUCAGAGACCGCUAGGAGGAACGUUGAAUACCGUCAGAACAUUCAUCUGGGGUGGUAA